CUUCUGGCUGCAUCAGUUGCUGUUACUCGACGUCACCAACGCACAGCCAUGUCAAGGAAAGGUGGCAAUGAGAUCGAAACACUCGUGAAGGUGCUGGAGAAGGGCAACAAGGACAAACAAGACAUUGUCAUCGACGACAUUAUCUCGAACCCCAUUUCCUGUGGCUACCUACUCGACUUCUGCCAGAAACAGUACUGCGCAGAGAACCUCAACUUCUUCAUGGCUGUCGACAAGUUCAAGGACGAGUGCGGUCUGCUGGAUUUCCGCGACCCGGAGUCGGUGCAGUCGUGCAAGGAGAUGGCAGACCAAAUUUGGGCAGACUUUUUGUCUUUAAACUCCCCCAACGAGGUGAGUCUUCCCUCGGACGACCGUGAGCAGACUCAGGAGCGCAUGAAACGACCAGGCGAAUUCCGCGCCAAACUCUUCGAUGUCGCAAUGCAGGAUGCCAUUAAGACCUUGCAGAAGGACACACUCAUGCGCUUCCUCAAGGCGCAGCAGUACACCGAGAUGGCUACUAAAGUGUCGUCUGUUCACGAAAUGAUUGUCAAGAAGGUGCUUGACUCGGACAACUCAUACCAGAUCGACAUGCCGACAGCAACGACACUCACAGACGAGAAAAUUGCAAAGGGCAAUUUCUCGCUGGACGAGAUUCUAGGCGACAAGAUUCUCUUCCGUGAAAUGCUCGAUUACCUUGAGAAGAAAUUUAAGGCUGAAAACCUCAAGUGUGCGCGUCAAAUUCGGCGAUACGAAGAGAUGGCACUGCAGAUGAAAGCCGACGACCUCAAGGAUUUCGCCUGGAAUCUCUAUCUCUAUUUUAUCGCUCCAGGCUCCCCUUACGAGGUGUCGUGCACCAAUCUGGACCGUAAGUCCGUCCAGCUGCGUCUUGGCUGCCCCAUUAAGUCCAUGUUCGAGCCCAUCAAGGAGAACACGAUGCUUGUGCUCAAGCAGGACCACAAGGCUUUCCUGCAGCAGCUGCAGGCCAAGACACUUAAAGAUCGUCUUAAAGCGGAGAAGACCGGCAACACGCCUCAGAAAACAGGGUUCCUAUCCAAGUUUAAAGUAUUCUAA